UGUAAUGCGGACAGGCUUAUGUUGUUAAUGAGAUCAUCACAUUCAAGAUGGCGAUCAAGAGUAAUGUUUUGGUCCUUCUUCUAAACAUUGUCGCCUCUUGUUUUACUCUGAUACGUUGUGACGUUGUCGAAGUGGAUCUUGGAGGCACCUGGAUUGUUACAAACGGAAAUAAGAGCAUCUCUGUGCCCGGAAAUGUUCCCGGAAAUGUCCAUACAGCGCUGUACAAGAAUGGAACUAUCAAGGAUCCUUACUUCCGGUUUAAUGAUGUCAACUAUCGAUGGAUAGCUUAUGACAACUGGACAUACACAAGGUCUUUGGAAGUUUCUAAAGAUAUCACAUCAAAAAGACAGAUCCUCCUGGUUUUUGAAGGACUGGAUACAGUUGCUACAAUUCUGGUGAAUGGCAUCCAAGUUGGCAAGUCAAAAAACAUGUUCCACAGAUAUAUCUUCAAUGUUAAGGGGGCUCUCAAGACUGGUUUGAACACUAUUAAAGUACGCUUCACCUCAGCAGUGUUGUAUGCUAAAGGACAGGCUAAAAAGUCUCCAUACCGUGUACCCCCACAGUGUCCAGUUUGUGUACAACGUGGAGAGUGUCAUGGCAAUUUUAUCAGAAAAGAGCAAUGCUCCUUUAGUUGGGACUGGGGACCAGCCUUUGUUCCACAGGGGAUUUGGCGGAAUGUUUUGCUACAGGCUUAUGACUCAGCUGUUAUAAGGGACAUCACAGUAACACCAACUAAAGGUUCCGUGAAUGUUACAUGGCAGUUAUUAGUAACGACGUUUAUUGAUGCAGCUGAAGAUGGCGUGACUGGUACACUCCUUCUCAGCCUUCCUCAGAUGUCACGUUCUCAGAAACUUCCCAUUAAACUGUCACAAGGUUUACAGAAAGUUUCUUUACCAGUCAUGUCUUUUACAGAGAAAGAUUGUGUAAAACCUUGGUGGCCUCAAGGUUAUGGAAAACCUAAUUUAUACACUGUUAAGGUGGUGUUCGUGAGCUCCUCUGGUAAAGAACAGUCAAGUGUUAGCCGUAACAUGGGCUUCAGAAAAGUCAAUCUUGUACAGGAGCAUAUAAAGGAUGCUCCAGCUUCUGUUUCAGGACGGGGAUUUCACUUUGAGAUCAAUGAUUUACCAAUGUUUCUAAAAGGAGCUAACUGGAUUCCAGCAGAUGCCUUUGAGGACCGUGUAACCAGCUCGGUUCUCAGGAAUCUACUGCAGUCUGCUGCUGAUGCAAACAUGAAUGUCUUGAGGAACUGGGGCGGAGGGAUCUAUCAACAUGAUGAGUUCUACAGCAUAGCAGAUGAAUUAGGAUUACUUGUGUGGGAGGAGUUCAUGUUUGCUUGUGCCAUGUACCCAGCAGAUCAGGAAUUCUUGAACUCAGUCAAAGAAGAAGUGCGAUAUCAGGUGAGACGCCUUCAUCAUCAUCCAUCAGUAAUGCUAUGGAGUGGCAACAAUGAAAACGAAGCUGCUUUGGCUGAAGACUGGUACAACACGAGUUCCACGUUUAGUAGGUACGCCAACGACUAUGUGAAACUUUACAUUGACACUAUCAGAGAGACAUUGGAAGAAGAAGACAAAAGCCGACCUUUUCUUUCCUCCUCACCUUCAAACGGAGUAGACACAGAGAUGGAGGGGUGGAUAGCGAAAACACCAAGCAGUCCUUACUGGGGAGAUGUGCAUUUCUAUGACUAUAAAAUGGACUGUUGGAAUGUAAGUGGCUACCCCAAGCCUCGCUUUGCGUCCGAGUAUGGUUUCCAGUCCUACCCUUCAUUUGAAACCCUAGCUGAGGUGUCCGUGGAAGGGGACUGGACCUAUGAUAGUGCGUUCAUGGAACAUCGGCAACAUCACGGAGACGGUAAUGAGCAAAUGCUGUACCAAGCCCAAAAGCACUUUAAACUGCCCAGCUCGUCGGAUCCUUUGAAGAAAUUUAUGGACACUCUAUUUAUUACUCAGGUCACUCAAGCUCAGUGUAUGAAGACGGAAACUGAACAUUACCGGCGUUUACAGAGUGAAUUAGUACAGGGGAAAGGAAAAACCAUGGGUACAAUAUACUGGCAGUAAGUGAUUAUUUUAUGUAAACAGUUAUUUCUAAAACAGAUUAAGAAUCC